UCUUCGAUCCAGUGCCAUUUUAUCCUCUCUCUCUCUCUCUCUCUCUCUCUCUCUCUCCACACGUGCCAUUUUUCCAUUACACGCCGGAAAACCCUCUCUCUCUCUUGUAGCUCACGCUGACAUAUAUUAUAGCUGCUCUGCUGUGUGUGAAUACAUACAUACAGCUUGCUGUAUCUAUCUAUCUAUCUAUUGCCUGUUGCGGCCAGAUCAAUUAUUGGGAGGGGGCUAGGUUUUCCUGGAUACGCUGCAAUUGAAGAGGGGAGAUUUUGGGGUUUGUGAGGGAUUGGAUUGAAUUGAAUUGGAAAUUGAAUUGAAUUGGAGGUGGGAGGGUUUUUAAAUUUUACGUUUGAAUUUUUUUGGCUUGAUUUGUUGCGGCGGUGGUUUUGGUGGCGAUUGGUGUGAGGAUGGGAGGUGUGACGUCGUCUCUGGCGGCGAAGUUCGCCUUCUUCCCGCCGAAUCCGCCGUCGUAUGGAGUGGCGGUGGAUGAGGCGACGGGGAAGGCGCGGAUGACCGGGGUGGCGGAGAAGGAGAACGUCGACGUGCUUAGGGUGAAGACGAAGAGAGGAACGGAGAUCGUGGCGGUUUAUGUGAAGAAUCCGGCGGCGAAGCUGACGGUGCUGUAUUCGCACGGCAAUGCCGCCGAUCUAGGGCAGAUGUACGAUCUGUUCAAUGAGCUCAGUAUUCACCUCCACGUCAAUUUGAUGGGGUAUGAUUAUUCGGGAUAUGGACAGUCGACUGGAAAGCCGAGUGAGCAGAACACUUAUGCUGAUAUAGAAGCUGCGUACGAGUGUCUUCAACAAACUUAUGGAGUGAAAGAAGAAGACAUAAUAUUGUACGGCCAGUCGGUUGGGAGUGGACCCACACUAGAUUUAGCAUUCCGGCUGUCUAAAUUAAGGGCUGUGGUUCUUCACAGUCCGAUCCUGUCCGGGCUUAGAGUUAUGUAUCCUGUUAAGCACACAUAUUGGUUUGACAUUUAUAAGAAUAUCGACAAAAUCCCGCUGGUCCAAUGCCCCGUAUUGGUUAUUCAUGGUACAAAAGACGACGUAGUAAAUUGCUCGCAUGGGAAGCAGCUGUGGGAGCUCUGUAAAGAGAAGUACGAGCCGUUGUGGAUUAAAGGCGGCAACCAUUGCGAUCUGGAGCUUUUCCCGGAAUACAUUAAGCAUUUGAAAAAGUUCAUAUCAGCAGUGAAGAAAUCAGGACAUAUUCGAAAUGGCUCUCUACCACCUGUAGAUCCAACAGACAAUGCUCGGAACAGCACAGAUUGCCGGCACAGAUCAAGCACAGACCAGAGAGAAAAAUCGAGAUCAAGUAUAGAUCACAAAGAAAACCCAAGGGCGAGCACAGAUCAAAGGGAGAAGUCGAGCGACAAAAGAGAAAGAACAAAGAAGAAUAUGGAUGUUGGUGAAAAGACCAGCUGUAUUGUAGAACAACCGGAGAAAGCGAGGAACAGCAUAGACCGGUUCGGAGACAUGAUGAGAUCGGCAGUUCUGUGCAAUAUCAACUGUUUCAAGCCUAACGGCGCGAAAGUGUGAGGAAGGAAGGAUGGGAAUUUGGAUCAGCAAAUCUCAAAUGCGCCGCCGCAAGGCCAGCCCAGUGUAAGUGCAGUCCAAGUUCAAGGAGAUUUGCGUCCAGUAAGUGCAGUCCAAGUUCAAGGAGAUUUGCGUCCAGUAAGUGCAGUCCAAGUUCAAGGAGAUUUGCGGCCAUGAAGAUCCAGAUCAACAAGCGAAUUUGUUCGGAUAAAGAUGUUGUUGGAGAUUUGCGGCCAUGAAGAUCCAGAUCAACAAGCGAAUUUGUUCGGAUAAAGAUGUUGUUGGAGGAAAUUUAGGGAUAAGGUUUUAUCAAGAUUCAAAAUUAACUAUUUAAAGAAGAUCCAAGAGAGAAAAAGAAGAUACGCCAUUCACCAUGGGAUCUUUUUCUUGCUUUCGUUCCCGUUUUACCUUCUUGCUUUCGUUUCUAUUUUACCUUCUUAUUAAAUCAAUUCCAAAGGACUUUUCCGAUUAAACCUUCAGUGACAAUUUUUUUUUUACGACAACACUUCUAAAGUUUCUAAAUUGAAUAAUCCCU